AUGUCUAAAAUUGAUAAUGAAAUUUGGAUUACAGUAUUAAACAAUACAAAUGUAGCAGAAGUUGCUUAUGCAUUAAGCAAUUGUCGUGAAAAAAAUCUCAAACUAAUAACAGCAAUCAAACAGGGAUAUAAAUUAGACAAAGAAAGAUUAAUUGCUAUUAAUAAUAACAACAAAUACAAUAUACUUUUUUGUGAAAGAGACAAAGCUAAUAAAUUGAUCAAAAAAGUAAAAACAACUUUUUCUAUAUGUAAGCAAAAUGAAAAUGCAAGUUCCAGUAAGAAAAAACUUAAAAAAACUAUUACAAUUGAAUCUGAUAUUGAAGAUAAUCAAAAUGAAGAUAAUCAAGAUCAAGAAAAUACUGAAUUUCAAGAAAAAGUCAUAGCUUUAAAAGAGUGUCAGCUUGCAUUAAAAGAAAGAGAAGCUAAACUUCGUGAAAUAGAAUUGAAUAAUCUUAUAAAAGAAAAAGAAUUAAAUAAUUAA